AUGCUAGAAAAUUUAUGCAUUAACCUAAUUAAUGAAUUAUUUUUAGCUAAGCAUAAUUUCCUUAUUUUCAUAAUAUUAAGCGAUUUACACAAAAAUGGGAAAAGUUCUAAAAAAGCAAAGAAAAAAAAAAUAACAACCAAUAUUGAGAAGAAAAAUGAGCUAGCUUAUUUUAAUAUUUUUAAAAAAAAUUGUUAUUUGAAAUUUUGUAGCAUAAAAAAAAAACAAAUAAAAAGGAGAAGGAUAAUCAGGAUAAAAUUUAAAAAAUUGAGAAAAACUAUUAAAGAAAUGGAUGAAAAUUAUAACAGAUAUAAAUAUAAAACGAAUGAUUUUAAUUUAGAACAUAAACAUAAUUAUUAUAAAUUUAUUAAAAACAUUACACUCUUUUUACAUUCUUUUGAAAAAGAUCUUAUUUUUAAAAAAAUAAGCUAUAAGAUUAUGAAAAAGAUAUAUUAUAAGAAAAAUAAAAAUGUAAAAUGUUUUAAAAAAAAAAUUUUACCUUACAAGCUAAAAAAAAAAAGUAAUUUCAUUCAUAUACGUAAUAAAAAAAAGUACGUAGAUUUUUUAAAUAGUAAUUUAUAUGAUUAUGUUUAUAAAGAUAUUUAUAAUUUUCUCCCAAAUUAUAAUUUUGAAAAAGAUUUAAAUUUAAACAAAAAGAAUCUGAAUUGUGUAUUCAACAAAGAAAAGGUUGAUCAAAUUUUAAAAAAAAAAAAAGAAAUAGUAAGAAAAAUUUACAUAAAAAACAAAACUUACACUUUAUCAUCGAAAAAGCUUAAAAAGCGAUAUAAUGAAUUUUAUGAGAAAUUUUGUUCAUUUUUAAUUAAAUUAAAAGUUGAUAAAAAGGAUGAGACAAAACAACUUGUUUCUGAUUAUAAAGUUUUAAAAACACUUUUAUAUUUAAAAAAUUCAAAUAUUUCAAAAAAUUUAGAUAAUAAUAGUUUAAUUAAAAGUAAAAAUUAUAAAAUACACGAAGUUAUUUCAAUGAUAAAUUAUUUAAAGAAAGGAUUAUAUAUUAUUAAAAUGGAUAUUAUUUAUAUUUAUAUUUUUUUUUGUUCUUAUAUAAAUAAUAUCUUUUCAAAAUUAAAAAGUUUCUAUUAA